CGCCACCAGUGCCGGAUCGUCAGCGGACGUGUGUGUGCGCGACCCGCCCGCCAACCAACAUUGGAUUAUUACCAACCGAUGACGAAUUUUUAAACUUCGUAAUAACUUCGCGAGACCUAACUAUCAUAAAUAAAAAAUAUAUAUAAUACAAAAUUGAUUUUUUUUUUUAGCAGUUUUCUUUAUAGAUGUUAAUUUUUUUAUUGUGUCAGUUUGCGUGUGUGAAAAAAAUUAACUUUUAAAUUAUUAGAACUAUUUGAAGUUACCCAAAAUUAUUUAAUAAUAUAAAAUACUAGUAUAAUUAUAAAAAUUACGACGAUAAUAUUAUUAAUCAUAGCAACAAUGAAUUCAAAUAUAAUAUUGACAAUUACAAAUAACUGCAAAUUAAAAAAGUUAAUUGAAUUCUUGUACGUCGUUAUAACAAUAAGAUGUCAAAUUUAAAUGGCAUGUUUGUGUGAGUCUGCAUCCGAAAAAUUGACAGCGUCGUAGAGAUAAGGCACAUUAUCAGAAAAUUGAACUUCAAAACAGAAUUAUUGAAUAAAUAAUACAAAAUCAACGUUAAAGUGUUAAAUUAGAAAAUCAGCCAAUCGAAUUUUCGGCCAAUACGAACUUUAUAAAAACAAAACUAUUUAUGAUAGUAAUAAUUUAUUAAUUUUAGUAAUACAUUUGAGUGGCAUUCGCGAAAUGAAUGUGAAUACCACAUCGUACUCUGAUAUUAUUGUUAUUAAAUUCUUUAUUUUGACAAAAGCCUGACAACGCAAAUUCUGACUGUGUUACGUGUGUUUUGUACGUUUUUUCAAUAAUAUAACGAUACCAUCAACCACUCCUUCGGUACUCAAAAAUACGCUGUACCGAAGUUGAUGACAUCGGUUACUAAGACAAUGAUACUUCGAAUUAAAGAACUGAUAUUUUAUGAUUGUUUUAUGAUCACAUAUCGAAAGAUGAAUGAGCCGUUAACAACAGCUCGUUAUUAUUUUGCUGUGUACCGUUUAUAGCUAAAUUGCUAAUAUGGAACCAGAACAAAAUCGAAAUAGUGGCGGUGGUCGACCAGCCGCCUCCGCCACUGGUAGCAGUGAAAAACAGGCUGUAGAAGAGGCACUUAACGAGUUCAUUGAAAAAAUGACACCUCGAGUAAAUAUACUCGAAAACGAAGUUAUGUAUGCUUGGAGAGCGCUGGAUAUGUUAUCCGAUGAGUAUGUUAAAAUGUGGGAACGAAUUGAAAAAUUAGAAAUGAUUGUUCAAGACCAACAGACUUUUAUUAGUCAAAUGAUCGAUAUAUGCUCAGAGCCUAGAUCUCAGACUUAUGCUGAUUCUAAUAUCACAGAUCGUCCAGCAUUAAGUAUGAUUUGGGAGGAAUCAGAGGGUAGUAGCAGUAAUGGUACUAAACAACCGUCCGAAAUAAACUGCGAUAGUUACAAGGCAUAUAAUGACCAGCUUUUAGAAGAUGAUCCUGAUAAAUUAGAUUCUUCAGAUUCAGCGAAAGAAUUAUUUGAAAAUAUCGAACAGAUGGAGCGGAAUAUGCGACAAUUAUAUGCUGAAGCACAAUUAGAUAGCUGGAACGACGAAACAGAAAGAGCAGCCGCUGCAUUAGACUAUUAUCCCCUUGAUAAACCAGUCGCAGCAUCCCUAAGUAAUAUUCAAAGUAGUACGUUUCAAUACACAUCUCCAUCUAUUAGAUCGCUUCCUACAAUACCCAAAUGUGACCAACCUACCGAUUUCCAGUCUUCGUCACUUUUUAUGGAUGACGUACAAUGUACAUAUAACAAUGAAAUUUAUCAACCUCAAUCACCAUGUAGCAGUCCACCACCACCUGCACCUGAGGAUCCAGUAUUCCCAAAGUCACUUACGUCAGCUUUAUCGCUUAGUUUACAUCAAUUUCAUAAUUCUAAUAAAGAUUUACAUUCUCUACGUCAGUUUCAUAAUUCAACAAGAGAUCUGAGUUCAUUAAAUCAAUUUCAUAACUCAACUAAGGAUAUAAAUUCGUUACUACAUAGUUCUAUAAAAGAUUUGAGUACUUCAAUUCCAUACAAUAAUACUUCAAGUGACUUAGAUACACUACAUCAAUAUAGAUCCAGUGCUAUUGUUACAACUAACAAGUCCGAUUCCGGACUAUCAUCAAUGAGUGGUGGUUUGAUGUCCAGUUUAGAAAAAUCACCAUGUUCGCCUGGCAAACGAGCUUUUAAUCAAUCUUAUCAGAUUUCACUAGCAGGACCAUCUAGUCUCACGGUUGUGACUUGUGUAAAUACAACAUUUGGUACUGAUUAUGCAUAUUAUGAUAAAUCAACUGGUGUUUACUCCACUGCAGGUCAUGCAUAUAGACCUUACCAGACGCCUCCAACUCAGUUAUCUAUGUCAAAUGUACCUGAUUUGUUAGACGUGAUGUCACACAAAGACCCAUUGCAAAAACCUAUUGAUCGGUCAUAUCCUGGAAUAACAGAUGCUUUAAGCUAUUAUCCAAGUAGUAGUAACAACUCUACGUAUUACACUAGAGAUAACAAUAGAUCUGAAAGUUCUCCAUCCCGUUAUAGGUACGUGAAUACUCCAAAUUAUCAAAUACGAUGUGAAAAUGAUAGAACUGCUCGAGAAGAAAAAACAAAAAAAAAUAAACGUAACAUUAUAAAAUCAGCCAUGAGCUCAGUUAGUAGUUCAGUUAGCAAUUGGUUUCCUGAUGUUCAUUUGCCACAAAGGCACCGUUCUCACUCAUUACCGGGUGGUUUAGAGCAAGAACAAGAUGCAGAAUCGAUGCACAGUGAAGCUGACACUUUAAAACAACGAAGUUGGGUUGGAUACAAAAACAAUAUUCGAAAAAAGAAGAAAUCAAUUGUAUCUACUGUUUCUGGUUUAAUACAUAAAACAACAAAAUCAAAUCGGUUUCAAAGUUCCUAUUCAAUUUCUGAUCCAGAAUUUGCAGAAAAUGAAUGGUCUCAAGCUCCAAUGAGAUCAUCACAUCAUAACCAUACAAUAAUAUUAGAACCCCCAUCGUUGCCGGGACCAAGUAUAUUAGUAGUAGAAGAACCACAACAAGAACAAGUAAAUGAUAUUCAAUUGCCCGCUGAAUUGUUUAAUGGCCCAACAAAAGAGUUUGCCGUAUCGAGAGCAUUAAGUAAAUAUAGAGAACAUUGUAAACUCACAAAUGGUGUUUCAGAGAAUGAUUCAUCGGCUCCAAUAGAAAUACGUAAUAAAUCAGUAGAUGAAUCAAACGUAAAACCUAACGAGGAAACUGUUCAACCACCAAGUAGUAUAAGACAUUUUAAAAUGAAUUCUCGUCAGGCUAGUCUCGAAGUACCGUGGGCAGGAAAAGGCUCUGCGGAUACUGAAGAUGAUAGCCGAAGUAAUCAUUCUUGGAGAAGUACAUCAAGGAUUUCGUCGAGAAGACAAAGUACAGAGGAAAGUAUAGAUAGUGAUGACGAAUGGUAUUGCUAUGAAUUAAAACAACUCGAAGAAUUAGAAAAAAAGACUCACUUUGAACGUGUAUUUGGGCCAUCAAUCUUACCUUCACAGUCAUCACGACCUGAAUCAGCAGUUCUAGGAUCAAAAGCAGAUUUUAAGGAAAAAAUGUCAAAAGCUAUCGAAGACAUUAGAAAUCAAUCAGUGGAUGAAACUUCAAAUGAAGAUGCUUUUGAAUCUUUUGAACAAGAUGAACUACCUCAUGAAAAAAUUGAAGAGGUAAAACAACAAGAGACUGGACCUAUAAAAUUUAAAAAAAUGAAAGUACCCGAUAAUGUAGCAGGAAAAAAAGACGUAUUAAAUGAAUAUCAAAAUCUAGAACCGGAAACAGCCGACGAUCAUAUGGCUGUUGAGGAAGACGAAAGCCCUGGUACGCCAUCCUUGCCCAGAUUUAAAUUUGAUAAGAAUGAUUUGGUAGACAAAGAAGACGGUGGUAGUAAAUGGAAAAUUGUUAAAGCAUUCAAAGAAAAGAAACCUGAAGAAAUUAAUCAGGAUAUUGGCCCCCCACCUACUCCUUUAAUUGAGAAUGGAAGAGGAAGUGGUGAAAAUAUCAAUAGAGCUAAUGGGCAUCCUGGAGACAAUCCGUUCUAUAGUAAUAUUGACAGCAUGCCUGACAUUCGACCAAGACGGAAAUCAAUACCUCUUGUUUCUGAAUUGACAAUGGCUGCUACAAAAAGAAAUGCAGGUCUUGCAUCAGGAGUUCCACGACCUACCCUCAACGAUGAAGAGUUGAAAAUGCAUGUGUACAAAAAAGCUUUACAAGCAUUGAUAUAUCCAAUUUCAUCGACUACACCACACAAUUUUGUUUCGUGGACAGCAACUUCUCCAACAUAUUGUUACGAGUGUGAAGGGUUAUUAUGGGGUAUUGCUAGACAAGGUGUGCGAUGUACUGAAUGUGGCGUCAAGUGUCAUGAAAAAUGUAAAGAACUCUUAAAUGCUGACUGUUUACAAAGAGCGGCUGAAAAAAGUUCUAAACAUGGUGCAGAAGACAAAGCAAUAUCAAUUAUUCAAGCUAUGAAAGACAGAAUGUUACAGCGAGAGCGUGACCACCCUGAAAUAUUCGAGCUUAUAAGAACAAUGUUUUCCGUCGAUCCUGAUAUGCAUAUCGAUUCCUUGGAGCAGGCGGAAGUUAUCGUUCUAGAAGGCACUUCUAAAUGGUCGUGCAAAAUUGAAAUAACAGUGAAAUGUGCUCAAGGUCUUAUUGCAAAGGAUAAAAGUGGUACGUCGGAUCCUUAUGUAACCGUUCAAGUUGGAAAAGUAAAAAAGAGAACUAGAACUAUGCCUCAGGAGCUUAAUCCAGUUUGGAACGAGAAAUUCUACUUCGAGUGCCACAAUUCUUCGGAUCGAAUUAAAGUCAGGGUAUGGGAUGAAGAUAAUGACUUAAAAUCAAGACUUAGACAAAAAUUGACAAGAGAAUCCGAUGAUUUUUUAGGACAAACUAUUAUAGAAGUUCGGACGUUGUCGGGUGAAAUGGAUGUUUGGUACAAUCUAGAGAAAAGGACUGAUAAAUCUGCUGUUUCUGGUGCUAUUCGAUUACAUAUCAAUGUAGAAAUUAAAGGAGAAGAAAAAGUUGCUCCUUACCAUAUCCAAUAUACGUGUUUACACGAAAAUUUAUUCCAUUCGUUAUGUGAAAACAAUGCAGGUAUAGUACAUUUACCUCAAGCCAAAGGAGAAGAUGGGUGGAAAUUAUAUUUUGAAUCACCCGCACAAGAUAUUGUUGAUGAAUUUGCUAUGAGAUAUGGGAUAGAGUCAAUUUAUCAAGCAAUGACACAUUUUCAUUGUCUUUCUACAAAGUAUCUAUGUCCUGGCGUUCCAGCUGUAAUGAGUACUUUACUAGCAAAUAUAAACGCGUAUUAUGCACAUACUACAUCUAGUUCGGCUGUCAGCGCUAGUGAUCGUUUCGCUGCUUCGAAUUUUGGAAAAGAAAAAUUUGUCAAACUAUUAGAUCAGUUGCAUAAUUCGUUAAGAAUAGACUUAUCGAUGUACAGAAAUAAUUUUCCUGCAUCGAGUCAAGAAAAAUUAAUGGAUCUCAAAUCUACGGUUGAUCUACUAACGAGUAUCACAUUCUUCAGAAUGAAAGUCCAAGAGCUAUCCAGUCCGCCAAGAGCUAGUACAGUAGUAAAAGAUUGCGUGAAAGCUUGUCUAAGAUCAACUUAUCAAUUUUUGUUUGCUAAUUGUUAUGAUUUAUAUGGUAGAGAAUAUCAGACUGAUCCGAAUGAAAAACGAGAUGAAGACACAGGACCAAAAUUAGAUGAUUUAGGUUUCUGGGAUAAACUUGUUGCACUCGUUGCAUCUGUAAUUGAAGAAGAUAGAAAUAGCUAUGCUCCUGUUCUUAGUCAAUUUCCGGCAGAACUGAAUAUAGGACAAUUGUCUGCAGCAACGAUGUGGAGUUUCUUUGCAGUAGACAUGAAGUACGCUUUAGAAGAACACGAGACACAUAGACUAUGUAAAACCUCGGCCUAUAUGAAUCUUCAUUUCAAAGUAAAAUGGCUGUUUACUAAUUACGUUAAAGAUGCGCCACCGUAUAAAGAUGCCAUACCAGAAUAUCCAUCAUGGUUUGAGCCGUUUGUCAUGCAAUGGUUAAAUGAAAACGACGACGUUUCUUUAGAAUAUUUGCAUGGAGCUUUCAACAGGGACAAAAAAGACGGAUUUCAAAGAAGUUCGGAGCACGCGUUGUUUUCCAAUUCGGUGGUGGACGUGUUCACCCAACUUACUCAGUGUUUCGGAGUUAUAUCCAAAUUAGAAUGUCCCGAUCCCGAAAUUUCCAAUCGUUACAUGAAACGACUUGCAAAAACUAUCGUAAAAGUACUAUUAGCAUACGUAGACAUUGUUCAGAAAGAAUUCGAUGCAAAAGAAUUAGAUGAGAGGACGGCUUGUAUAUUAAUGAACAACAUUCAACAACUGAGAGUUCAACUAACUAAAAUGUUUGAGUCAAUGGGAGGAAAACAACUUGAGGAAGAUGCAACUGAUAUUCUUAAUGAUUUACAAACACAAUUACUUAAAGCAUUAGAUGAACUGGCUGGCAAAUUUGGAAAAAGUUUGGAACCUCAAAUUAAGAAAAGUGUCAAAGAACUUGGUGAGCUUUUACAAAGCAUUAAAGGUGGUAGUCAAAAUCCACAGCAAGUAUCAAUGAUGGAAGUUGAUGAAAUAUUGAGACCUUUAAUGGAUUUAAUGGACGGUUCAUUAUCACUAUUUGCUCAAACUUGUGAAAAACCUGUUUUAAAACGAAUUCUUCGAGAAUUAUGGAAACUUGUAAUUAGAAUAUUAGAAAGAUCAGUGGUGUUACCUCCAAUGAUGGAUAAAAGUAUGAUUCUCAAAAAUCUCAGUGAAAAUGCAAGAUCAUUAGCAGCAAAUGCAAGAAUUGAAGAUAUGUCUAGAUUAAUUAGGAAUCAUAUGGCUGGAAAACAAGACGUAAAGAAUGCUUUAACGGGUGUUAUGGACAUGGAAAAGAAUUUGAAUACUAAACAAUGUAGAGUACUUGAAGCUGCUCUGAAAACCAUUAAAACGUACUUCCAUGCCGGCGGAAAUGGAUUAAAAAAAAAAUACUUAGAUAAAAGCUCUGAUCUACUAUCAUUGUGCUAUGCUCUUUCGUUGUAUACAAGAUCAACAGACGAACUAAUAAAGACGUUUGUUUUAACACAGCUACAUCAAGUUCCACAAAAAAAUGAUCCUUUACCUCGUCAACCAUCACUUAUGAGUGGUACUGAAGUUAAAGAUGAAAUGGAUGAAAUGGAUUAUGAUGAAGAUGAUGAAACAGAAGAAGAGGAAGCUUUGGAUGAAGCAGAAGAAGAUGUAAAAUCUAUGGGGAGUCGAAUGGAAAAAUUGUUUGAAAUCUCUAGGAGACCUUUGCAAGAAAACUACGUCUACGAAGAACCAUACGGUGAAAUUUCAAUCAAUGUAUACAUUGAAACGCAUCCAACUAACAAUGAGUUUAAACUUACAGUUACAGUUGUCGCUGCAAACACUCUAGUAUGGCCAACUACUGGUAUGUUUCGUCCAUUUGUUGAAGUUAACCUAAUCGGACCAAGAUUAUCAGAUAAAAAAAGAAAACAAUCUACUAAAAGUAAAUCAGGAAGCUGGAGUCCUAGAUACAAUGAAGCUUUCGUUUUUUCAAUCAGUGCAUUGGAAGAGUUGGAAUGUUAUGAACUACAUUUUUGUGUGAAAGACUACUGUUUUGCAAGAGAAGACCGACUUGUUGGGGUAGCCGUUUUGCAAAUGAGACACGUUCCUAUUAUGGUCCGAACUGGAGAAUGGCUAGGAUUAGGUAGAAGAAUACAAAUGAAUGAAACUGGGUGGACGAUUUUGAGAAUAUUAUCGCAAAGAUAUAAUGAUGAUGUAGCCAAAGAGUUCGUUAAACUUAAAUCGGAAACAAGGCAAGAAGAUCAAUCGUCCGUGCAGGGAACGUAAACACAAAAUGUCGUUCAUAAAAUGUUUCUCUCUAUCAGUCUUCCAUUUCAGAAUAUUAUUAUUGUUGUAAUAAUUAAAUAAGACUUUAUUCUCUCAGAAGAAAUUAUAAUUGUGAAAAUUUAUAAAUUAGAAAAAGAGAGUUGUGAACAUACACACAAGAGAUUCUAUUAAGUUGGUAGAUUAUUGUAAAGAAUAUUCAAUUUAAAAACUCAUAAUUGAUUAUAUUUUGUGACUAUUUCCACUAUCUUAACAAUACAUUUUAAAACCAAAAACUGUAAAGUACACACGUAUGUUCAUUUAAACUUGCGUUUUAAUUAAAUAAACGGGACCAUUGUAAUGUUUAAAAAAAUGAAUUAUUCCCUUCAAUAAUAUUCCGAUUGAAAAUUGAAUUUUUAUUAAUAAGUAAAAAAUAAGAAAUAAAACAAAUUUUUUUACGAUUAUUGAAUUUAAAUAAAUAUGAAAUGUUUCCGAGGGGGUGUUAUCACUUAAUAUUUCUUUAAUUAAAAAUUAUGAUUCUAAGUGAAAAUAUUGUUAUAGAAAAUUUCUUGGUCGAAAUGAAUGUUAGUUGAAUACUUGUAGUACGGAAAAUUUACACUUACUGGAUUAAUAACUUACAGUUAGUUCAAAACGUUGAUAUACUACCCAUAACGAACGUAUUCUGCUUACAUUUCAAUUACAUACCUUUGAUUUCUCUUGCAGAGCAUUCUGUAUAAAGUUAAAUACUUAGAUUGUAUUCUGUAUAAUAGGACAUCAUUAUAGAUAACCAAAAAUUAUUAUUCUAAACGCUUAAACAAACUUCUGCCGAUUUUAUCUUAGAUUUUAACUUAUACAUAUUCGCAUAUUAAAUGAUAUUGACAAAUAAUGUCUUCCAUUUUCUCUUUUUUAUUUGUCGUAUUAACUUAAAAACACGUCGUUUCAUUCUCAUUAAGUAUCAUUAUAUCCCUUUGUUCUUUUAGCUCUAUUUGAAGUUUCUUGUUCAUAUCGUUUUAUUUAUUUUUUACUAUAACGGUCAACUAUUUUCGAUUUUAAAAUAUCUCAUUGAAUUUUAAACAGAGAUAGAUAUCAAAAAUUCAAUUAACUUUUUAUAUGACAACGCUUUUAAUUUAUUCACCUUAUUGUUACUUUAGAAGUUAAUAAGUUAAACAAUUUUAACUUAUCCGUCCUUGUUACCCAAUUAAAUUUGUAUUGUUGGCCAUAACGUGACACGUGUUUAAUUUAUUUUUCAGCAAUAAACUUUCAGUACUGUCGAUGUAUAUUUAAAUAGUAUUACAAAAUAUUGUUGAGUAUUAUUACUUGAAUUAUCAAUAAGUAUAAAUUGUGAUAAAUUUCAAUUUAAAUGAUUAAUUUUUUUUAUGAUAUUUUAGUGUAACGUGUAAAAAGUUGUGUAAUAAUUUAUUGUACAUGUAAAAAUUUAUGUUAUAUGAUUUGUAGAUGUUAAGCUUAACAGAUUCUUUAUUAUUUACGUAAUCAUUUUCAGGCGAUCAAGACGAGACAAAACUUGACGUAUUAAUUAUUAUGUUUAAAAAAAAAAGUUACCUAUUUACAUUUCAAAAGUAUUAUUAUUAUUAUAUGUUUUAUUUGUUCAAACAUUACUCCCCAACCGUACCCAUACAUAUCGAACGAUAGGUAAUUUUUGUUUGUGUUUUAAUGACUAUCAACACGAUUUUGUUAUUCUUUUCGAUUGCUAAACGUGUUUAUAAGUUCAAUUAUAGGGGCCUUUAUUUUUUAUAUAAUGUAAAAAUGUAUUAUGUAUUUAAUAAUUUAGACGUUAAAUGUUUUAGUCGAAUCUGUUAAAUUAAACGACUUUAGAUUGUUAACAUGAAAACAUUUACUAUAUCGUCAUUUUGAUAAACCAGGGUAAACGUAUUAAGCAAUGUGUUGUUUUUGUAUUAAUAUUUUAUUGUAAUUAUGCACUUAUAACGAUACUUUUUUAAUUAUUAUUAUUAUUUUUUUUAUCAAUACUUGUAUGUACACCGAUUUCGGUUUCUAUUAAAAAGAUAAAAGUGAGACAAUACGUUAAAAUAUUGUUCAACAUACGGCGUUACUUUGUACUGCCCUUAAGGUAACGCAUAACUUCGACAUGAUAAUUUCUAAACUAUGUUUAUAAUAUAAUAAAUUAAUUAUUAUUGACU